ACAUCCUCCCUACUCUACUACCAAUCCUCUCCACCUUCUCACCAGCCUCAUCAAUUAUCUUUCCUGUUGUGCAGUUCUGAUGCUUGCCGGCCUCUAAAGUCUACACAUCCCUCUCCCUCUGGUAUUCUCGACACAACACACAGGAAUGCCUUAUACACCGCCGUCCCACCAGUCGCCCGCCUCGUCCAGGACGACGAGCCCGGUCAUGAGCCGCUCAUCCUCAUUCAGUGCCCAGGCCGAGGCCUCCGGAACACGCUCUCCUGCCUCACCCAGACCGGCACUCCCCCGCUCUGUAUCUUCGACAACUUACCUGAACAAGCAACGGCGUGGUCCUUCAAUCUCACAACAACUGGAAUCAGCUGGCCUGCCGCAAUCCCCCGUCGACGACGACUUGGCCACCGUCCGCCAAGUUGAGGGUGUCAUCUCUAACAACGGUAGCAUCCGCCAGUCACCUUCUCCUGUGAACAAUCUAUUGAUUCCGACAGGUGCCAUCUUGUCACCCCCUGACUCCUCCGAGAACUCGGACGGCGAAGACGCUUCCGAGGUACCGAGGGGGCGCAACAGCUUUUCCCACACAUGGGGUGAACUGGAGCAAGCCGUGCGGUCAAUCGAACUUAAGCGGGAAGGUUCUCCAGCACGAAAUGGCGUCUCGUUCUCAGAGCCCACCACCACCAUCCACUCACCCAUAGCAUUGAGCGCCACAGCUCGCAAAAUCUCACACUCAAGGUCCUCUACGGAAACAGCAAUCAUCAUCCCGGAACGCGUUGUCACAGAGUCUCCAUCAGAAGGCAGUGAGGAUGACGACGACGAUGAUGAUGAUGAACUACGAGUCAAGCCUCCGCUUGUGAGGAAGAAGUCUGGUGAAUUGGUCAAGCCUGCCCUCAGGCCGUCAUCGAGACGCAGAUACUCCAGCAUGCCCGGAACACCCACCUAUUCCAAGUCAGUCCACUUCAACGACAACGGCAACCAAACCAGACACUUCCUGCAGGUCGAGAAGCCGUCUGCUAUCAGCGCCGGCUCCUCGCCUGUGGAUACCUACGACGAAGAGACCGAAUACCCCUUCGAGGGCAAGGACACAUCGAGCAAGGUCGAGUGGCACCUCAGGCUUGCAAACUUCCCGGAAGAGUCGGAGCGUCAGCACUCGCCGGUUCGCGUCGAGAAAGUCUACCUCUCCGCCGACACAAAAACACUCAUCGGCACUGUCGCUGUGGCAAACAUCUCCUUCCAGAAGCACGUUGCCGCUCGCUUCACCCUCGACUACUGGAAGACAACCUCCGAGGUUAUGGCCGAGUUCGACUCUGACGUCCGCAAGCAAAGCUUGGGUGACGGCUAUGAUCGUUUCACCUUCAACAUCCGUCUCUCCGACCAGGCCAACCUCGAGAACAAGACACUGCUGUUGUGUGUCCGAUACAACUCUGGCGGCCAGGAACACUGGGACAGUAACAAUGGCAUGAAUUACCAGAUCGACUUUGUCAAGAAGUUGGCCAAGUCGGCUUCUACCAGCUCCCUUUCGUCUCUCCACUCGUCAAGACCCUCUCGUAACACCAUCCCUCGCAGCAGACAUUCCCCUCCUGCUGCUGCUUCGGCACGUCAGGAACGUCAAGAGCGUGCCUCGUUCGCCGACGAAGACUUGCUGUCCAAGAGUUCGACUUACCACUUCGGCUCCCCGGAAAAGCUCACUGGUGACCCCGCUGCCCAGCCUCAAGUCAAGCUGAAGCCUCGCUCCAAGAGAGUCGACCUUUCCCGCGUUGGCUCUGCACCGGCUGUCAACGGUCUCGGCGGAAGAUACGACUUCGGAGCAUCUCUGAGCGCUGCCUUGUCGAGUGCCCAGGACAAACUCGGAAAACAAAGCGGACUACUGCCUCACACCCAAACUUCAUCUCAAGCCGACGCGCAUUAUUUCUCGCCUAGGACUGCCAGUGAGGUCAAGCAAGUAGUCCCAGAACGACCCGACGCCAUCACCACCGACAGACCUGCCAUCGGCUCCCAGCAAUACAAAGACCUCGUGAACAAGUUCUGCUACUUCACUCCUGGAUCUUCGGGCAAAUCAUCACCUUCGGCUCAAACAAGCUCUGGAUCUAAGCCUAGCAGCACCGAUGGCUCCGGUGACGGUGCCUCCCCAAAUGAGUACAGUCCACGAUCUGGGUCUGUCACUCCUACACCGCCUCAAAGCCUUUCGCCGUUUCUCGACGGCACCAGCGACGGAUAUACUAGCUGCAACGACAUCAGCAAGUUAAUCUCUCGUUCGGGCUCACCUGCAUCCAUUAGCAGCAGCAACAACUAUGUUGCACGAGCGUAUAGCUACCCCUACGCCAGGGACGGAUAUCUUUCAGAGUCGCAUACUCCGACCGCCAUCCGUGGCUAAUCGCUACUAUCAAUGCAUGAUGCAUUCUCAUAUCAAAACCGGAUCCAGCACCUGUCUCCCCAGACGUUGUAAUCCAACAACCACGAUCAUCCUCACGAACCUGGGCAACC